CGUACCAAUUGCACGCUGUGCUGGAUUUACCGCCUGUUUUGCAAUUUUUGUGAGACUGAAUAGUGCAUGCCACAUGGUACUAGAAUUCUUUUUACCUAAUGAUGAGACGCUCGAUAGAAAUCCACAGUUUCUUGAGCAAGCUAUUAGCCACAAUUCGAGAGCAACUUCUGAGCUUUUUCCUUGAUUCAGGACCAAGCCUGUUUGUUGAGGUUAUCAGAAUUGCUCCUGUUGAUGAGCUUGAUUCCUUUGAGAUAAGCCAACUACAACAAGGGGUUCGAUCAAAGGGAAACGAAAAGAUGGUGCUUUUUGAUUCGUUGAAUAAAGAUUCCGCUGAUUUAGGACCUUCGAGUUCAACUGACAUAGGAGCUCAUCACAUGGAAAUUGCAAAGGAUACUCCUGAUAACGGAGAAGAAACUGUGCUGCCAGAUUCAGCACACAAACAAGGAGUUGAGGAAGCUGAUGCAAUGGACAAAGAAAAGAGUUCUGUACAUUUCAUACUUGCAACAUCAUUUGCUGUUUCAGAGAAAAAAUUGCAGCAAAACUUGUCUACUGAUAAAGCUUCGCUUGAUGAAAAACUUGAUUCCUUCGAAAUAGGCCAUCGUCAACUUCCCUCGAUGGUACAAUAUGACACCAUCAAUCAAAUAUUUGGUUUUGAUCCUUCAAGUUCAUCUGAUUUAGAAGAAAUUAUAACUGCGGAUUAUGGACGUGAUACUCAAUUGAAUCUUCAGUCAAAGAAGAGAGGAGAAAGUACACAGCCAGAUUUGGCACAUCAGCAGAGAGUGGAGGAAGCUGAUGUAGGCGACAAACGAAGGCAUUCUGUGCACGUCGAAGAGAAUGCAAAUUCCCAUAAUUGUCCAGAGAAACAUAAAAGGAUAAAGAGGAUAGAAAAGGAGUAUGGUAUUAGUCGUAGUGUUCUAGAAGAACAAUUUGGAAAGAAACUUUCUGAUGCUGCAAAGAGUUUAGGAGUUGCUCGAAGUACCUUGAAGCGGAUGUGCAGAGACUACGAUAUAUACAGGUGGCCACGUAGUAAGUCUGCAAAUGAUGUAUGCUCGCUUUCUGAAAACAAACCAGUAAAAAGAGUUGAAAACCAGACGGGGAAUUCCAGUCGAGAAGACCUGCAGCUACCACAUGCUGGUCUGUCUAAUGGAAUGGAUACAACUACGACGUUGACUCAGAGGAAGAAACCUACGGCUACAUUUCAGAGUGACAACGCCAUGAGCGUAAAGGUAACUUACAAAGAUGUGACUAUAAGGUUUCCGUUCUCUCUUUCAUCGGGGAAAAUUGAUUUGGAAACAGAAGUUGAAAAGAGAUUGAAAUUAGUACUUAUUGGAAGUUAUUCUAUCAAGUAUGAAGAUGAAGAUAACGAUUGGAUUGCAAUAACUUGCGAUUCAGAUUUAGAGUAUGGAAUGCACACUUUAAGAUCAUUAGGAAGAACUACAAUGAAGAUGUUGGUUGAGCCCUUGAAUUGAUUUUACUGAUUAUGUACACGAUAUAUGUCCCUUAUUUUUAGUGUACACAACUUGUGUUACAUUCUAGAGGUUUUCAAUACUCUAAGAAUGAUAUUCCUUGUUUUUCCAUCAUCUGA